CUGAGGUGGGGUAUUUCAUUGUAUUGUAUUGUAUUUUGUAUUGUAUUGCUCUUGUUUGCAGGAGGAUGCCAGGCCCGACCGGGACUCAGAGCCAUGAGCUUAUUCCUGGAUAUGUAACAUCUCUGUCUUGUGAGUUUGUUUCUGUCUCCACAGGUCCGGCUGACAGGAAGAGAGAGUGGCAGAGAGACAGCCAGCAGAGCCCAGAUGAUGGACGUCCGUCCACUUCUUCUCAAGACUCUCGGAGAGCAAAGGCAAAGGCAGAGGAAGAGGAGAAGAAGCUUCAUUCCCGUGACUGGAGCGGCAUCAUCCCAGACCAGAGGACUGCGCCGAUACCUGAGAGAAGAGCUGAGGGCAUCUGUGCUUUCUUACGGAGAAUCGGGAAGGCUGUAAAGCUGGACUGCAGUGAGGUCGAUAUACUUGUGUCCACAUAUCCCUCCUGCAAUCCCACGGAUGUCCAGCAAGAUUCAUCCGAGUUUUACUGGGCAACACCAGUGCAUCCGUGUCCAUCUGGAGUCCAGCUGCCGGUUAAUGCCGAUCCGGACGAUCCCGAACACUCUUGCACAUCUGUCCUGGACCCAGAGCCGGCAGUGGCACGAGAUCUAGAGCUGAUGUCUUUCUCGGGAUUGUCCAGUCUCUCUAGUAUCGAGCUGACGCCGGACUCUAUUCAGGACGAUCCUGACGAUGCAUCGUCUGUCCCGGAUUUUGCUGAAAGCCAAACACAGAAGAAGAAGAAAGAUGUGGGUGCGUUUCUCCGUAGGAAAUGGAGGGCUAUGAUAGCGCCGGCUGUUGAAAAACAAUCAAGAAGGAGGGUGAAGAAAGGCUCAUUCAUCCAACGAACAUGGAAAACUCUAAAGGUUUCCGCUCUUGGCUGUUACGGGGACGACACAGUGGACCCAGAUCCAGCAGAUCUACAGCCACCAAUAUCUGUCCUCUCCAGGGACUUAACCGAGCCAGGUCCAUCUCACCGCGAGAUCAGUUCUGACCAGUUACCCUUCUCGGGUCCAUCUCACCGCGAGAUCAGUUUAGACACGUCACCCUUCUCAAGUCCAUCUGGUUCCCAGUCAAGUUUCUUUUGCUCCGAUUCAUCGUCUGCUCCAUGUCUGACCGAUCUUCUCUCAGAGUUAUCAAUUUUAAUGGGAGAUUACGAGCCUGUUUCCAGUUAAUCCAGUCUCAAGCUGAUCCUGAGCUGAGUUGUAGGACUGUGCACACGUUUGUUUUCUGUAUUGACUAAGCCUGAAUUGCGGAAGAAUCAUCAAACUGAAGCUGAAAUUGGGCAACCUGAUAUACACGGACACUGUUGGUUGAGGACUAAAUUGGACUUAGUGUGAUUUCAAUUUUCCACGUUGCUGUUGUUUUUUUUUUCUUGAUUGUUUCAAGUCCUUUUGUAUUUUAUUUUCAUUUUUUACAUUUUUUAUUCUGAUUGAAUAUUGUAUUGGUUUCUCUCAUCUUUUCCCGGCUGGAGCGUUUGGUUGUUGGUUGUAGAGCGAGACACUGCUUCACUGCUGCUCGCCCUGCGAUCGAUUGCCAAACUCACUUUCUUUACACUCACUUACAAUCGAACAUUUUCCUAUACGUGACUCGUGCGUCUACACUACACCCGUACCACUAAAAAGACGGAUUAUACCCAAGUCUUGAGUCAUAAAUUAGUAUAAAUACUAAUAGCAUCACCUUUUUGUAUUUUAUUUAUUUUUAUUUAUUUUCAUUCCUAGAAUAUCCAGAUCCACCAUUUUCACAUUUAUUUCCAUUUUCACAUUUAUCUCCCAGUUUAAAGCUAGACUAAAGAUUUAUAAACAUUUAUUUAGCCAGGCGUUCAUAUAAAAUUUUUAUCUUACAGUUACUGUAAAUUUGGCCUCUAGUUCAUAAACGCCAGAGGAGAACUGGCCCCCGACUGAGCCUGGGUU